AGGAUUGUUGAAGUUCACUUGUUGUAUUAUUGAUGAAGCUACUCAAUGUAACGAAAUCGAAUCUUUGAUUCCAAUACAAGUAGGAAUUGAUAGAUUUGUUCUGGUUGGUGAUCCACAACAGUUGCCUGCCGUUGUCUGCAAUAAAGAAGCCCAGAAGUUGGGUUAUGGAAAUUCAUUGUUUUCACGCAUUGAUGAUAAUUUAAAAAAUAAAAGAAAUUCCCCAGUACAAAUGCUCACUCAUCAAUAUCGCAUGAAGAGCGAAAUAUGUUAUUAUCCAAACAGAACUUUUUAUGAGGGAAAGUUGAGAUCCUAUCCGGUGAUACACAAUCCAAUAAAACCUGAUCUCAAACCAUAUUUGAUUUUCAAUCUGACCCGAAACGAAAGCAGAGAUACAUCUGAUUAUGUUAAUUCCGAUGAAGUUCAAAUGAUUGGCGUUCUUCUGAAAACAUUGAAGUCAAUCGUGAACUCUGAUUGUGAAUAUACAGUUGGCAUCAUUACUCCCUACAAGGCGCAAAAAGAGAUGGUUUCCCGUGAAAUAUCUAAUAUAAGGAUGCCGUCCAAAGUUUGUGUCACUGUCAAUACUGUCGACAGUUUUCAGGGACUGGAAAAUGACAUAAUCAUCAUCUCCUGUGUGAGAUAUACCACCAAUUACUUCCUUCAAAAUGAGCGUAGAUUGAAUGUGGCGCUUACUCGUGCCAAACAAGCUCUGUAUAUAAUUGGAAAUUAUACUCUAUUCAAGAAUUGUAAACCACUGUAUGACCUUCGAGAAGAUGCUAAAAGAAGAAAAUGUCUCUUAGACAUUACUGAUAAUCCUAAACAUAUUCAGUCAGUACAUAAAUUCAUAGUGAUGGAUUAAGAGGCAUUGCUGUGAUAUUGCUCAUUAGUCAUUUGUGUGGAA